AUGUAUGGAAGAAAAGCCUGCCAAUUGGUCAAAGAAAUUGCAAGUGCUGAAAAAGGCCAGCUCACGCCUUUCAGUAGUGACCUAUGUGAUGAAGUAAUUGAAGAAUGUAAACAGCAUUAUCAUGAGCUUGAAUGCUUGAUAAGGAGGAUGGAGGAACAAGGAUUGAAUGUCGAGACAGCGAAAAAUGAGGAUCACUAUGGGGCACUAAUCCACCACCUCUCUUUAGUUCGCAACAAACGCUGUUUAAUGGCUUAUCUGUACAACCGAGCUGAAAUUUUACUAACCGAUAUGGUGCCACCAAAAGAUCCUUACAUCAAGGUGCGAGUUCUUGAUGACAUGGGUGGAGAUAUACUACUCAGCGAUGAUAAGAAAGCAAAUUUUACUCGUCACUCAAUGCAUUUUCUUAAACGAACUGAUGCUGAACAGCUCAUCUCACAGGGCAAGAUGGAGGAGCUCAAAGACUGA